AUGCGCUUUCUUUCCCUCGCUGCUGUCGGGCUCUCGUCCCUCCUCCAUCUCGCAGCGUCGCAAGAUCUCUCCAGUCUUCCCACUUGCGCGGUGAGCUGUGCCCUCACCGCUAUCUCCAGCACUGGCUGUCAAGCCACCAAUGCUACCUGCGUCUGCGAGGCGAGCAGUUUCUUGACUGGAGUGUACUCAUGCAUUCAAGGCGCUUGCAAUGCUACUGACAUAGCUGCAACUCUACAAUUUGCCGAAUCAUACUGCGGCUCGGCAGGCAUCAGCAUUACUCUGCCCACGGCCUCUGCAACUGCUGGGCCGACUUUCACUCCAAGCUCAAGCAGCGCCCCCGCGUCGGCUCCGGCUACCUUGACCAGCAGCUAUGCCCCCGCGAGCGCUACUCCUGCUGCAACCUACACUGGCGCUGCGCAGAUGCUGAAGCAGCAGUGGUCAAAUGUUGCUGGUGUCGCUGGUAUCGUUGGACUGGGUGUUGCCGCCUUGCUUUGA